CAAAGCUUGCUCUAGUCCCCGUUGACGCUAUCGGUGCAGCGUGCACACUGUCUCUGGCGUUAUGGAAGAACCGGCUUGGAAAAAACUCAAACUUUCUCUAGAAAGGCCGUACAAAGAUGACACCGGUGAAUACAUCCCAGUUUUGCUGGACAUCACGCCGGAUGGCCAGCAUAUCUAUGAACCGCGCGAGGACCCCUCCCAAGCUCUGGGCGAGAAGCUGAGGCGCAUCUUCCUCGAGCGCGGAGUGGACUUCUUCGACACGUACGGAACGGCAAAGCACGUCGAGAAAGACGAGAAAGUUCGUGAAGCAGAGGAAGCAGAAGUCGAGCAUGAUGUAGACGAUACACAUCGAGCUCAACCCAUGACUGCGGAGGAACUUUACAAGAUGCGCAUGGAACUGAUGCCGCAGCUAUAUAUUGCCCUCGGAGAGAUGUCACACGCGCGGGAUCUACUUGGCUUGCUACUUUCAUCCACAUCCACCGCUCCCCCUGCACCUGAAGUACGGCCUCUUCUCCCAUCGCACGCGCCGUCCCCAGCACCCCCCCUCCCCCAUGCCGAACUCACUGCAACCGUAAUCACGAAACCUCCCCCAAUCCCUUCCGUCCAAACCUUCAAUGCGCAGUUGACUAUAGGCGGUAAGGACGAAGCACUACGGCAAGCAGCUGAUGUAUUUAAGAGUGCCGCGGCUGGCAUGGAACGUACUCGAGUUCGUGGGGAGCAAUAUUGGGCUCAGGCGCUGAAAAUUAGAAAGGCCAACUGGGGCUUGGUCCCGGCACCCUUACCCUUUGGUUCUGCUACUGGCAAGGGCGCCGACAAGACUUCUAAAGAUUUUCUCAUCUCUUUUGGUUUGGAGGAUUCCAGUCCAGCCUUCCGCAGACGGGCCAUUAGUCACAUGCCGACGUUCGAGACCUCGUCAAACCUCUUGGAAUUCCCGCACCGCCAAAAAACCCGUCUUCGAGUUCGUCUGACCACAGUUGAUGACACCGGAAAGCAAAUUACUUCACAAAAUGUGCUAAAACUACUCUCCGAAGACACGGUGGACAGCGCUUUAGGUGCGGCGCAAAGAGAGAUCAUUGAGCAGGAGAUCUUCUCGCUCCUCAUUAGAGAAAGCAGCGCUUUACCUACUGCUUCCUCGCGCGUGGCCGAACGUCUCAUUGUAAUUGAGGCAUCGCAAGACACGGAAUUGUGUUUUGAGCUGGUGAACAGUGAUUCUGUUGGUGACCAUGAGCGCCCCUUCGAUAAUCAGGACGGCAAGUGCGACCUCAUCUUCGCUGUGCUGCACAUACUGUUGCUUCGCGUUCAUACGUACUUCAAAAGCCAGCGCCUGCGCAGUGAUCCAAGCCCGACUUUCAGCCAGCCCCCUCACAUACUACAGCCGAUCAUUGAUGCGCUACAAUACGAGGUCUUUUGUCGGCGCGUAAAAGCAGAGAUCAUGAAGAUCAUCCAUGCCUUAAAGCAAGCUGGUGUUCCGUCUUCAGUGCGCCUGAACUCUGUAGGCGAGAGUGGACAUGCGCUAGUGGACCUAUUGAGCGACCAGCAAGGAGGUCGGGUUAAUGGCGAGGUGGUCGUCCGGAUCGGGAACAGGGAUACCCUUCGGUUUACGCUCACGUCACCGUCAUUAUUAUAUGUCCACCUUCCCCAGGGGACGAUAUUCAUCGCCUCCAUCACCCAACUCGGUCAACUCCUGACAGACGAGGUGGAGUUGCGGCUGUUGAAUCGGAUCUGUGAAGUGGGGACUGAACUCUGCUCCCCCGUCAAUGGGACGUGGUUCGUGGAUCUUAUCACGAGUCGAGCCGUAGGCAGAUGGGAAGGUUGUGUAUUGUAA